AUGGCCCAAAUAAACGGAUUAGACUCUCGUGAUUGUGAGGUGCUUCGAUAUAGCGAAGCCGACACGGACGACUCAAAGGACUCUUUAAAAAGCUCUAGCGACUUUCAAAGCUCUGUUCAACUUGACAUGCGGACGAGUUUCACUUAUUCACUCGGACUCAUUUUUUCUUGUCUUGGUUGCGUAUUGGGAACCGGAAAUAUAUGGCGAUUUCCUCGAAUAAUUGCAGUGGCCAGUUCCGAUAAAGUUGUGGGAUGGUGUUUCUACUACUUCUACGUGUCUUGUACGCGGGCUGAGCUCCCGCUCACCGAGCCAGAAAGUCGUGAAAUAUUUGACAAUUUUACCAGGACCUCCUGGCCUUUGGUCAACCAUACACUCUGUCUCGUAAUUUGCGGCAUCACUGUCUUUAAGGGAGUCAAAGGAAUCGAAUUUGUCAACAGCUGUCUUGUACCGAUUCAAUUGGUAAUUGUCAUUAUCGUGUUCUACUGGUCGCUUUCUCGAGAAUAUGCAAACGUUGGAAUCAAGUUCAUGUUUACCGCGGAUUGGUCAACUCUUCUUGAUCCCAAAAUUUACGUUGAGGCAGCUUGUCAAAAUGCUUUUGACACGGCGGCUGGGAUGGGUGUCUUUUCAGCCUACGCUGCCUACUUUAGCAGAAAAACUGGAGCUGUUCGUUAUGGCAUUCUGUUGCCGAUUUUCAACAACCUUGUGAGUUUGACUUGUGGACUGACCAUAUUUGCGACAGUGUUCUCCACACUGAUUCAGACGUCACCGACCCUCACGAUACCGCAAAUUGUUUCCAUAAUGAAGGAGAGUGGUCCAGGAAGCACGGGUCUAACAUUCACUUGGAUUCCUGUGCUUAUGUCGAAACUGGGAAUAAUGGGGAGAAUCCUCUGCGGAAUGUUCUUUCUCUGUCUAUCUUUUGCUGGCAUCAGUUCGAUGAUCGCCUCCAUUGAACUUACUGCGCGAACCAUUCAAGAUUUUGGUGUUAAGCGAAUUUGGGCGACUGUGGCAUCACUAAUCCUAUCGUUCAUAGUGGGUGUUCCCUCUGCUGUCAGUGUUGAUAUUUUAUCCAAUCAAGACUUUGUCUGGGGUUUCGGACUUAUAAUCUCAGGGCUGUGCUACUGUGCAUUAGUCGUUUGGUACAAUCCCGUACGAUAUCUUCACGUCAUCGUCAACGAUUUCGCUAUUAACGACUGGCGGCUUCCAUUCGUUUGGAUCUUUAUAAUUGCAGGUAUCGUUCCAUUUGAAGGGCUCAGUCUUAUUGCCUGGUGGGUAUAUCAAAAUAUUGCCUGCACAAAAUGGUACCUGUUGAAGGCGGAGUCUUUAGCAGUCAUCCUCCUCGAAUGGGGAGUUCUCACCUUCUUCCUGGGUCUGUUCAACCUUUUUAUAUGCAUUUUCAAACUUUCGGUUCGGAACUCAUCUUCCGACACAGGUUACGAUCCGUAUCAUCCAGAGAAUAUUCCGCGAUCUCAAGAUUGCAAGGAGCCCUGA